AUGACUCUUGGUGCUCCCCUCCCCGAUACUGUUUGCUCCUUGUCUGCAGCGCCGGGGCUGUCAGCCGUCCCUGCUUCUGGCAAUUUGAGAUACUUCCAUAUCGAGUUAGAGGGACCAGACGGCACCCCUUACGAGAAGGGUUAUUACAAGUUGGAGAUGUUUUUACCCGAGGGGUAUCCUAUGGAGCCUCCAAAGGUCCGUUUCCUAACGAAGAUAUAUCAUCCAAAUAUCGAUAAGUUGGGUCGUAUAUGUUUGGGUAUUCUCAAGGAUAAAUGGUCCCCGGCACUUCAAAUGAGGACCGUCCUACUCUCCAUUCAAGCAUUGCUGUCCGCCCCUGAGCUCGCUGAUCCCCUGGAAACCGGUGUCGCUGAGCAUUUCAAACACAAUAGGGCAGAAGCGGACAACGUUGGUGAUAAGAUCGAUGAGCUCCUCGACGCGUUGAUCCCUAAUGAGACUUCUCCGAAUCGCACCAGAAGCGUGGGGCGGCCGCCUAAAGAGUCAGCGCUGGAAGAUCACGAAUGGGUCCUCGUUGAGCGGCCCUCCGACGGCCUAUCACCUCAUAGUUCUGCUGGUAUUAUGCACAAGUAG